UGUGUGUGUGUGUGUGUGUGUGGCACCAUGCUGUGGACAGUGCUAUUAGCGCUGCUGGUGCUUCUGCUGCUGCAGACUCAGCUGUCUAUGUGCUUAAAGGAAUUACGCACCGGGGGUUCCAGCCUCCCUGCUGUCUCUUCUUCGUCAUCCUCUCCCUCCUCCUCCUCCUCCUCCUCUUCGCCCUACAACACCACCCAGCAGCGGCUACCUGGGGCUAUUAUUAUUGGUGUGCGGAAAGGUGGCACCAGAGCCCUGCUGGAGAUGCUUAACCUGCACGCAGAUGUGGAAGUGGCAAGGGCUGAGGUGCACUACUUUAACGUGGAGGAGCACUACCGCCGAGGUCUGGCCUGGUACCGAGCCCAGAUGCCCUUCACCCUCCCAGGUCAGCUGACGGUGGAGAAGACCCCCGGCUACUUCGCAGCUCCCCAAGUCCCUGCACGGGUCUGGGACAUGAACCCCGCCGUCCGUUUGUUACUCAUCGUCCGUGACCCGGCCGAGAGGCUCGUCUCUGACUACACCCAAGUCCUCCACAACCGCAUGACACGUCACAAGCCCUACCAGCCUCUAGAGGAGCUCCUGCUCCACAAGGGCCACAUUGACCCUUCGUACAAAGCGGUGCAGAGGAGCCUGUACCACCUGCACCUGGCCCGCUGGUUGGAGGUCUUCCCCAGGGAGCAGAUUCACGUGGUGGACGGUGACGCGCUCAUUCGUGAUCCCUUCCCUGAGCUGAGAAAGGCUGAGAGGUUUCUGGACCUGCCGCCCAGGAUCAGUCCAAACAACUUCUACUACAACACCACCAAAGGCUUCUACUGCCUCCUGUCUGCUGGACACGACAAGUGCCUGGACGAGUCUAAAGGCAGGCCGCAUGCACCGCUGAGCACCCAGGCCUUCAGGAAGCUUUGUCACUACUUCAGGAAGCCCAACAAGUUGUUCUUUGAGAUGGUGGGGAGGUCGUUCUCCUGGUGCUGAUCCAACAGCUAUUACGGAGAUAUAACACCUCCUGAACAAUGCCAACACAUUCAGGGACUCAGAGGGAAAACAAGACUGUUGUUUGUAUGUUUUAAUAGGUCUGCAGGUACAUGAGUGGAAAGAUUUGAGCUUAAGUAAAGUCAUAAAAUCCUUUGUUGAUGAUACCUACUCAGGUAUAAAUGGCCAGUUCUCCAAUCGUGGAGGAUUCAAACUGCU